AUGCCAUCUGUUACGUCGAGCAAUAGUACUAGUGAUAAAUCCACUCACUCCCUUCGUUCUCGUGGUACGAUUAAUCCAGUGGAACUGCCCAAGAAGAAGAAAAGAAAGCCUGCCGCUAUCUGGACAUCAGAAGAAGAAGGUGCCCUCGUAGAGUUUCUGUUGUCUGAGUUCUCUGCAAGUGGCGAUGGAAAUCCUAAGGAAGCAACAUUCAAGGCAGCUGCAAGCUUGUUGACGGAGAGGUUUCCAAAUGCAUCUGGUGCAGAGAAGACAUCUGAUGCUUGUAGGAACAAGUGGCAAUCACUCAAAUCAGCCUAUAACGCCGUCUUAGAUAUAAAGAAUACGUCAGGAUUUAUGUGGAGUGAUGAGUUUGGGGCUGGAAUAGUUAGAAAGAAUGAUGAUGUCUGGGAUCGGUAUGUCAAGCGGCGCCCUGCAGCUAGAUCGUUCAAAUCCAAGGGAUUUGAACACUUCUCUGCCAUCGAGCAGAUGAUGCCCAAGAUUUCGAAAGGAACGCACGUCUAUCGCAUUCCAAAUGUCCCUACAACAUCCAGCUCAUCAGCACCAGUGCCCAUCAGUGGUCAAUCUGAGGCCGCUCCUCCCGCUGGUACUCUUACUUUUGGUCAGCUUACCUCUGUGACCCAAGAUAUCAUCACCGCACAAGCGGGUGGCAGUGGUGGCCCUAGGGCGCCGGCAUCAGCAGCUGAUCCUUCCACCAUAGCACCAUCUACACCAUCCAGCUUCCUCGUUGCUUCCAAUAGCUCGGCCCCCUCAUCUGUGUUGACGAGCGUUAGCCGCAGCGGAAAGCGUGGAGUUGAAUCAGACUCGGGCGGCAGUUCUCGAAAACGUACUCGGCCGCUGUCUGUAAAUGCUCAGGCACAGAAGGACGGGUCUGAUAUGAUGAAGGAGCUUACUGGCUACAUCAAGACAUUCCUCACAACGUCUCCUCAAGCUUCUGCUUCAUCCUCAUCGUCUCAGGAUGGGGCCCUUGGUCGUGCUAUCGUCUUAUUAUCAGAACAUACAAACCUUACGCUUGAUGACACUCUUGAAAUUGCGGACUACUUUGCGAGAGACAAGGCACAGGCGGUGAUUUUUUCCAACUUUUCAGAGACAAUGCGAGCUGCGUGGUUGGAGAAAACCCUUCGCAAACUAAAGUCUAGUAACAUGUAG